AGAAGCCAUGGUUGUGUGGCAAAGACAUAUAAAAUCUCUACUAAUUCAUGUUGGCAAAAAAGUGGAACGUACUGACUUGCAGACGUUUGUGCAGUACCAAAUCACGAACAAAAUGAAUGUCGACCUCAAUAUGCUUGGUCUGCGAAUGAAAAACUGGGGAUUUUCUACAUCAAGGAAGUUACUAGCAGAUUCAUCUGAGGAAGCACCUAUAAGAUGCACAUGGGGCGGGAAAUUGGCGGGGAGUGUUCCCCCGUCCCCGUCCCCAUUUAUAUUUUUAAUUCCCGUCCCUGCCCCAUCCCUGCUCAUUCCCCGUUGGGGCAGGGUGGGGAAUCCCCUAUUGGGGCGGGGAUGCAAAAUUAAUGGCAAGCUGAAAGGAUGCGAAAUUAAGACAAUUUUUGUUUUUAACGAGUACCAUUUAUUUAGUCCAAAGAAGGUAAAUUUGGUUGCUGCAUUAGCGCGUGGAAUGCGAGUUGAGGACGCGUUGUUGCAGUUGCAAGUGACUGUAAAGCGAGCUUCAAAGACUGUCUAUCAAGUUAUUCACUCAGCCCGAGUAAAUGCAACUCAUAAUCAUGCAUUGGAUCCAGACCGCCUUCUUGUUGCUGCGACCUUUGUUGGGAAAGGCUUUUUUAAAAAGAGUGUUUCUUAUAUUAUGGUGAGACCUGUUAGAAUGUGGAAAGUGAUCUAGAAGUAGAAUGUGGUGCACAGUAAGAAGCGUGAGGUUCCAUCUCAAAACCAAUUGAUGAUGGAUGAUGGGUGGAGUAACCAAUCUCUUAUGAUUUGUAGAAUUUACCCACACACUUUCUGUGUAGGAUAUUUUUCUCUAACAAGACCUGAGUGUCGACUGGCAGUAGUAGUAAGGGAAACUACCCCUGAAGAGGAGGCAGAGAUAGCAAGACUGAAAGUCCACAAUUUCCGUAAACUCACCAAGCGCGAACACCGCCUUGUCCCUCAUAAGCCGAUAGAGACCACUCCAAUUUGGAACAGGAAAGGCAAAGGCAACAAUCGCAAAUCAAGUGGUAUGACUGCAUGAGCCAGCUUCCUUCUCUCCUUACAUUCUGAUGGAAAGUUUCCUAGAAGUGUUUCAGCUUCCCAAUUCUUUUUUCUAUUGGGGGAAUUUUGAAGUGCCAAAACUUUGUACUCUAAAAAAGAACAAAAUUAUGAGAUACUUGGCUUUCAUGUUUGCCAUUUAUUAUACUUGUAGAUUAGAGAGAGCAGCAGAAAUUCAGAUGUUAUGUGAUUACGAGGAGAGAACGCCAUUGCGAGUGGGAGAGAACGCUAUCGCGAGCAGGUUCCAAUUACAUGUGCCCGGGCCAUGCUAACACAAUGUAGCCACUACUGCCUCCAGCCGUCUUGACAAGCACAGUGACUGAUCCGACCACCACUCUCUGGUUAGACCUAGCAAACUAUACUUGCUCUUACUUUGUUUGACAUUUUUUUGAAGGGUUUAUACCUUUCUGGACCUUGUGUUUUGUUUCAUUACCUAUUUGGACAUCGUGUUUUGAUAAAUUAA